GACUAUUGGCUGAUCUCAAAUUCUUUACAUGAUCUAGUUAAAGCAGCAGAUAUAUUCCCGGCAAUUAGAACAGACCAUGCAGCUAUUACUCUUGAACUUGUAUACAAAUCUGAUGACAUCAAAGGUCCAGGUAUCUGGAAAAUGAAUUGCUCCCUUUUAGAUGAUGAAGACUACGUUAAUGGCAUCACGGAGAGGAUACCUAUCUGGUUAGCUGAAGGUCGUAAGGACCUUUCGAACUGUCGAAGUAUUUGGGACUGGUUAAAAUACAACAUAAGAGCGCACACUAUACAGUAUUCCAAAAGAAAAGCUCGAGAAAGAAGUGAAAGAGAAAAGGAACUCCAAGAACAACUCGCUAAUGCAAAGUGUGCUUUCGAAACAGAUCCUAGUAUUUUGAAUGCAAAUCUUCUU